AUGAAUCCUAUUGCCUCCAUUUUGCCUGAUUCACCACGUCGUCAAAUGCCCGAAGCCAUUGGGAUUGAACCUGGGGAUAGAACUCGGAGCCGCCCCAGCUCUCGUCCAAGGCGCUCUUCCCUCACCGGAAGAACUCGGGGAAACGGGCAUAACCCCGUACCUGCUGGUGACAACGAAAACGUUAUGCUCAGUAGUAUGGCCGAAAGCUCCUAUUUUUCAGGAGAUAGAGACGGGAAUAGCGUUCCGGUGUCCCAUUCUUUUGAUGUCAACGAACAGCCGGUUCAUUUCAGUCUCCUUCCCUUUGGGCCAAGCCGUAGGCGCUCCAGCCUUGCGACUAACAGCACAAGCAUUUCGACUCCUCCCCCGAUGUACACUGGGUACGGAACUUCCAGAGCACCAGCAACUGAACCGAUUCCACAGCAUGCGCAGUUCAACACCUUUCUUCAAGUAGGGGAGCAUGGACAGGGGCAAUCGCUCAACCCAUUCAGUGUCCCGGAUUCUGGUUUGCGGCAGCGUAACCCUUAUUCCGCCUACUAUACUAGUCCUAUUGUACCUCCUCAGCCUUCAGUGGGAGCGGGAUCAUCGAUCGAGGGCUUUGGUAUGCAUAGAUAUGCUCCUGGACGGACGAGUAUGAUCCAGCCGCACCAUCUGCAAGAUUGGGAAGACGAAGAUGAAGAACCUCACUCGAGUAGAUAUCACGUGCGGACAGACUGGGAUCCUGAAGAUGAGUAUGAUGAUCCUGAACCAAGCGUUGCAGCACGUCGACCCUACAGUGAUGUAACUUUGCCUGGAUACCAUCCUCCGAGCCGUAUUAUCUAUCCUGAAGGCCACGGAUCGGACCAAAAUGCUCAUUCUCAAACUAUGAUUACCGUUGAAAGUGACACAGGGGGGAAGAAAUUCAUAAACGAGAAUAUAUGCCCCAUGGAACAACGCCGCUCGUUCAUCCUUGUCCUCGCCAAGGCUCUCUUGCAGCUCCAAGCCCCUUCCCAUCGAAUUGAGAACCAGUUGGAGGCUGCUGCACGUGUUUUGGAAGUUCCCGCCGAGUUCCUGCAUUUGCCGUCGUUGGUGAUUGUUAGCUUUGGAAGUCUUGAUGGAGAAAAUGGCGCACCGGCAGUAGACAAACCGCGCAAGUUUAGCUUCAGUUCAAACAAGAUUAAAUCAGCGAUUGUCAUGGCAGUACUGGGGAAGAGCAAACGGGAGAAUACAGGGGAUGAAAACCAACAAGAUAAAACGGCCGAGGAUGAGCGAGUACGAGAUCGAAAAGGACCAACCCAGGCAACAACGUUCGGAAUUCGGGUCCACAUCGUUAAAAGCGGUGGAAAAAUGGAGCUCGGAAAGCUUCAUGAGCUUCAUAAGAUAUAUCGCAAGGUUGUGCACGACGAAAUAUCAGCUCAGGAUGGGAGAAUUAAGUAUUGA